CUUUGAUUGAGCGAGGCGCUAGCGUCAACUUCAGGAACGUUGACUGUGGUGUUGGGACAACUCCAUUACUUAACUGUUUGGAUUCCUCGUACGAAGCACCUUUCAAAAAAUUAACUACGAAACACGGAGACAAAGGCCUUCUUACUCUUUUAGAAAUCGUUAAAAUGAUUUUAAAACAUGGAGGCGAAUGCGAGGGCGAUUUAUUGUAUGUCUGUUCACCAAUUAUGGUCGCCGCCAGAAAUGAAUGGGCGUCUAGUAUUAUUGAGCUUCUGGUGCAGAAAGGGGCAAACAUCAACAGACGAGUGGAAACUAAUGGAGAAACCGCUCUUCACAUUGCCGCCGAUGCAAGUCACAUUGAAAAUGUGAAGGUUUUGAUAAGCAACGGCGCUGACGUCAACAUGCAAAGCAAAAGGGGAUACAGCCCCCUGAUGACAAUUAUAUAUAGAAACAUUAAAAAAUUUAACUUCAUGUCUAGCCUAAAAAAUGAUACCCUUCUGAAAGUGUUGAGAUAUCUGUUAGAAAAUGGUGCCAAUCUUGACUUGGAGGACCAUAAAGGUAAUACUGCGUUAGGGAUGGCCAUAAAGAAUUUAACUGCUCUGAACAUUCUCCUGGAGGCCGGAGCUAAUCCCAAUCACCAAAAUAAUAAAGGCUGCUCUCCCUUAAUGAAGGCUGCGAAAAGCGGAAACUACAAAGCUAUAGAUCUGCUUUGUCAAGCCGGUGCAGACAUGAAUGCAUUACAUCCAAAAAUGAAAGGAAAAACUGUUCUUUCCUUUAUCUUAUCAAUUGAGUCACAUUUUAGUGGCAAGCAACAGUGCAUAACGACUCUGAAAAAGCACAACGCGAUAGACGGGAAAAAGCGCCUGCGGCAUCUUAAAAAGGGAAAACAGAAAUAGUCGAACUUGUUUCAAAGAAAUAUGUUGAAUUGUUUGUACAUAUUAACGUCAGACUGAAGCUGAGCAUGCAUUAUCUAAAGAACUUGUAAUCUAAAAAAAUAUACAAAUGAUUGAGGAAAAUCUGAAAAGGGACAACACAACAAUGUAGACGUUUCGGGAAAAAGCCUUUGACAGCAUUCCUCCCCGUAUUUCUCUUACAAUGUUAAAAAGGCGUGCUGAAUUUGAAUUUUUAAAAGAGCUAUUACAGUGAUAUUACGUAGAGGCAGGACUGAAAAUGCUUUUAAAAUUAUAUUUAUUCAAGAUAGGAUUAUUUAUAGUUAUGAGUGCAUUUUACUAUCUGAUAUUUUAAUUUGUAUUGUAUGAGCUUGCUUGAAAUGCCGUAGAACAUUUUUGUUUUUAUUUUUCCUUACAGAAUUGGUGCAAAAAGAAAUACAGUUGAAAACACUUUUUUAAUAAAAGAAAUUAUAUAUUUUAUUAAAAUACCAGCUGGAGAAGAUGGAGCACCCAAAAGUCGUCAGAGCAGAGCAUCAUUUGUUUCUUAAAAAUGUCGAAACAGAGAGCGUUGGGGAUAUUCUUAAGCUUAUUGGUACAGGAAAAGAUAUGGCCAAGGACCUGCCUCUUGAAACUCUUAACAAUUGUUUUUUAGUGGCCUGUAACACAAGACACAGAAUCCGUGUUCAUUUAUUUCUUCAAUGGGGCGCCCAUUUAGAGUGCAAGGACGACCUGGGAAACACGCCCCUGCUUAUCUGCUCAAAAAAUGGCUGCAAAGAUCUCGUGCAAUUUCUGCUGCAGAGAGGAGCUGACGUCAAUGCUAGGAAUUCCUCUGGAGACACGCCCCUGAUUUUGUCAAUUCGUUCGCCUGGUCACCUGGAUACAACGAGGCUUCUUUUGGCCGACAAGAAGAUUGAUGUUGAUCGACAGAACCAAGCAGGCUACACGGCUUUGCAUACGGCCAUUGAAGAGUUAGAUCUGGAGGCCAUUAGAAUCAUGUUGCUAGCUAAUGCCAGGUAUGACGAAGAUGAAAAUAGUUAUCGAGAUGGUCAAGGUCAAUUUCUAAAAGAUGAAUCAGAUAUGUCUUCAGAGAAUAGUCAAGAACUUAAGGAGAGUCCAUUCAUGUUGGCUAAACGACUUGGAUUAAGGAAUGUUCUACGUAUUCUCAAGACAAUUUAUACACCUACCCCUCUACUAAAAGCUUGCUUAGGUAGAUACUUGGAGUCUGUGAGGCUAUUGAUCGACUGCCAAUUUUCUCAAGUAAAGUCGCCAAAUAGCCUUGACUAUAACAUUAUUUCAGAAUUUCUUAGAAAUAUUAAAACAGAAGAAAGAAGUGUUAGUAAUGUUGAAAUUCAAAUUGUUAAGGAGUUGAUAAAUUAUGGAGCUAGUGUUAAUGCACGCAAUGGAUGUUAUGAGCGCCCAAUAGCUUCGGCUGUGAUGCUGGGCAGCUAUCAACUGGUUGAGAUUUUGUGCCAGUACGGAGCUGAUCUCAAUUUUGAAAAAUAUAUUAGUGUUAAAUCAGCCGUUGAACUAGCAUCUGAGAAUGGUCAAUAUGAAAUUCUAAAACUUCUAAUUCGCUUUAAUGCACAACUGACAGACAAUGAGAGCAUGCAUCACUGGCCAUUGAGAUCUGCCCUGAGAAAUGGACACAUCCAAUGUGCGCAGCUUUUACUGGAACAUGGAGCUCAUCUACACGAGGACAAAGGCGUAUUGGUUUUCGAUGCAAUUGACUCACGUCGAGCAGAAAGUUUAUAUCUUUUAUGUCAAGUAAUGCCUAUAGAAGCAAAAGCUACCGUAUGCAGAUAUUCGAAGGGCAUUGGAAGCUGUUUCAUCUAUGCAGUCGAAAAGGGACAACUUGAUAUCAUUAAUAUUCUCUUAGACAUCGGUGCCGACGUCAAUCAGAAAGAAUACAGUGACUCACCUUUGGCACAUACAACAGACCCAGAUGUAAUGCUAACUUUAAUUAAAAAAGGUGCCAAUGUAAACAGUAGUAUUGGCGAUACCCGCCAGUCUCCACUUAUAAGGGUGAGUCAGAAAAAGAACGCCAAAUUUGCUCUAACGAUUCUUCUAGACGCCGGCGCGAAUGUUAACCAUUGCGACGAGGAAGGAAAGUCAGCCUUACACUUUGCAGCCAAAUGGGGUGACGUUGACAACGUCAAAAUUGUCAUCGACUAUGGGGCUGACAUAAAUAUUACUUCCGCAUCUGGGCUGGACACCUCUCAUGGAAGCAUUGAGGGCCAAUGCACUCGAUACAGCCACAUAUCUCAUACAGAAAGGCGCUAAUGUCAAUUCGCAGGAUAACGACGGCAACACGCCAUUGUUGCUGGCAGUGGAGUAUGUGAGGGCAUUCUCUGAUUCAUGUGUGUUUGAUCAGCUCAUCCAGGCGGGGGCAAACCUAGAGCUCAGAAACAAAAGAGGGCUCACGCCUUUCCUCAAGGCUGCCGAAUCUUGUAGUGCUCACUUAGAAUUGUUAAUUGCAGCGGGGGCAGACGUUAACGCAACAUGCCCAAACAACCAGUUUGAAGCAAACGCUCUAGAGUUGGUCCUCAGGCGCGGGAAAUAUGUGCACUCGGAAGACUGCAAAAGAGCGAACUAUUUGCUAGAUCAUGGAUUUGACGCUAAGGAAAUUGACCCAAUCUUGAUGCACAAACUUAUACUAAAUGGACACGUGGAGUUGGUGCAGAGACUGAUGGCAGCGGGAUUACUGCCUUCAGAUGAAGAUAUUUAUGAAAAAGGGACCACAAGUGCCAUUUCGUAUUCUCCUAUUGCUACAGCUCUACGCGCGGGUAGGACCAAACUAGCCCGAUUUUUUAUGGACCAUGGGUACCUGACUGAAGAAGACUUAUCGCUCCAUGAUGACUACAGGCUCGAAGGAAUUCUUGAAUUCUCAUACAUGUUUCAUAGCAUGGCUUUCUUACACGAGUUAAGGCGCGAGAUCAAAUCUCUACAGAUGCUAAGUUUUUUAACCAUUUCAUUUGCCGUGGGUUACGACCCACAACGGGAGGAAAGAGUGAACCAGCUGCCACUCCCCCCACAAUUUAAAGAGAAACUGCUCUUCAAAAAGACAAAGGUAGUCGAAGGGAUGUUACAGGAGGAGGAGCAUUCACAACGCGAAAGCAUCCAGAGUUGGAGCACUCAAAAUUAUUUUUGUUGGGCAGAUUCCUUUGACUCUGAUGAUGAUUAUUAAAUGUAUUCAUUCAUUCUUGAGAAGAAUUUAUUUAGUCUUAAGUUGUUACAACUUCUCUUUUUUUUUCUGUUCAUAUGUCAUAUAAACUAUAACUAUUUUUGCUUUUGCGACUCUUACUUUUAAAUUACAGUGACCAGGUAAUGCAUUCAUUAAACAAUUGGUCAUAUUUUUAAAUGCAUCUGAUACCAAAACAUGAAUUUUUAUGUCUUUAUUAUUAUUUUACACUUAACUGCUGUAAUGCUGUAACACUAAGAUAACCUCUUCUCCAAAUAAUAGUAGUUGCUAGCCAUUGCUACACCAAGCCCUGAGUAGUCCCUGUGCACUUCUCAGGGGCUCCGCAGCCGCUCCAGGAAAUUAAAUCAGAGAUAUUAAACCUAGACCUAAGGGCCUCCCCCAUAGAAAUGGUUUCCUAAAAUUAGGUAUUGGCAGGGCCGGCACUAGGCAUCGUUAGGUGUGGUGAAAAUAGGCAAUUUUCAUCCUCUGGAAUAUUAUG